GCAGAGCCGAGCCGGAAGCGGGAGGGGAGAGUGAAACAGGAAAGAAGGGAAGAAGGAAAGAGAAGGAAAAAGAGAGGGAGGCGGAGGAGGAAGGUGGCGGCGCCGUGGCGGAGGAGCAGGAGCCGGAGGGGGAUGGAGAGGAGAAGGCUCCUGGGUGGCAUGGCGCUCCUGCUCCUCCAGGCGCUGCCCGGUCCCCUGUCAGCCAGGGCUGAACCCCCGCAGGAUAAGGAAGCCUGUGUGGGUACCAACAAUCAAAGCUACAUCUGUGACACAGGACACUGCUGUGGACAGUCUCAGUGCUGCAACUACUACUAUGAACUCUGGUGGUUCUGGCUGGUGUGGACCAUCAUCAUCAUCUUGAGCUGCUGCUGCGUCUGUCAUCACCGCCGAGCCAAGCACCGCCUUCAGGCUCAGCAGCGGCAACAUGAAAUCAACCUGAUCGCCUACCGGGAAGCCCACAAUUACUCAGCGCUGCCAUUUUAUUUCAGGUUUUUGCCAAACUAUUUACUACCUCCUUAUGAGGAAGUGGUGAACCGACCUCCAACUCCUCCCCCACCAUAUAGUGCCUUCCAACUACAGCAGCAGCCGCAGCCCCAGCAGCCGCUGCCGUCUCAGUGUGGCCCUGCAGGCAGCAGCCCUCCAGGUGCUGAUCCCACCUGGGGCUCUCAGGGGGCGCAGAGUAGCCCCUUGUCUCGGCCCAGCGGAAGCAGCACAAGAUCCCCAAGCACCUCUGACCCUCAGCCCUCCGACGCGCCAGCUGACCAAGCAGCCAGUAAAGCCCCAGGAAUGGAGCCCAGUGGCUCAAUGGCUGGCCUCGGGGAGCUGGACCCCGGGGCCUUCCUGGACAAGGAUUCAGAAUGUAAGGAGCAGCUGCUAAAAGAUUCCAGCUCAGAACAUGGCGGCGCACUCCCUGACAGCAAAGACAAGACGCCCGGCAGACAUCGCCGCUUCACAGGCGACUCGGGCAUUGAGGUGUGUGUGUGCAACCGAGGCCACCAUGACGAUGACCUCAAAGAGUUCAGCACACUUAUUGAUGAUGCCUUGGAUGGUCCCCUGGACUUUUGUGACAGUUGCCAUGUGCGACCUCCUAUUGAUGAGGAGGAAGGGCUCUGCCAACCCUCUGAGGAGCAGGCUCGAGAGCCUGGGCACUCCCACCUGCCACGGCCACCCGCCUGCCUGCUGCUGAACACCAUCAAUGAGCAGGAUUCCCCAAAUUCCCAGAGCAGCAGCUCCCCCAGCUAGACCAGGAUUUGCCUGUACCUGAGAAUUUGGCAAGUGACCAGGGCAGAGAAGACCCAUGAGAGAAGCAUUAAGUGACUUUCAGAAGAAGUGGUACAGCCACUUUGUUCUUUUUGUUUGUUUGUUUGUUUUCCUCUCUCCUUUCCUACAUUUCCUCCAUCUCCAGGUACAGUUUGGGGUGUGUAUGCCUUCCCCUCACAAAAGCGCAGUGUUGUGGAGGACUGAGUAGCUGGUUCUGUCACUCAUUCCUCAUGCCCCUCUUCUGUUUUCAAGUCAUAUCUCACCUACCUGCUUGGGUCAGGGAGAUGUGUGUUUUACAAAGCCCCCAAGGAGUGGGGGCUGGGAUUGUGCCCUGACAGGAUCCUUGGUGGUGGAGUGGAUUUAUGCUUGGUUUUAGUUUUAGAGAACUUUGCUGUAUCCUCAGUCCAGGAGUGGCAGCUUAUCUUGGCCCUGCGUGAAGAAGGAAGCCCCCCAGGGGCCUGGGUAUUGUAACGAGUGGCUGCCAGUAUCUAGAGCUGGCACUGAGCUAAUCCUGUAGAAGGAUGAGAGGUGCCGGAUAGGUAGGUUAUCCGGUAGAUUGUCAGGCUCUCCGAUCCCAGACAACAAGUUCAGUGCACUGUUGUGCAUCCUUGAGGAGCCCCUUCCUGCUAGGCUCUACCUGCUGGAGCUGAUUCAGAUUAUGCUGCCCAACAUAUAACAAAAGCCAGUUGAUAAUGAGAACAUGACCAGUGUGCAGGGAGCAGUUCGCUUCUGGACACAAUGGCCUUCAACGAGCCUGGCUAUAGUUGAUUCAGAAGGGAAUGUGGGCAUGGGCAAGCCCGAGUGGUGGUGGUGCCUCUGGGCUUUCUGUGAGCAGGAGGCCCUAGAUCUGGGGUGGACACAGGUGCAGCUUCCUGCAUCUCUGCCCUGGGGCCUGUGUCUACAGGUGAGCAGUCCUCACCUAUCCCAAGCACAUGGUCUGUGGGCCUUUGUGUCUUUCUGUCCUUUGUGAACAGGUGGACCGUGGAAGCUGUGCAUCUUGGGAAAGGCAGCCCUUUGGCCUGGCUCUCUCAGUAUUUCCUCUUUGAUUCUAAGUCUUGUUGUUUGUUUUCAACUGACCACUUGGAAGAGACACCUUGGUUAUCUGUGGUUCUCAUGGCCUGUUUCUGCCCCUUGCGGAUUGCAUGGGGUACCUCAUUUUCCUGUAGCCUGUGUAGAGUCCCAAGGGCCCGGGCAGGAGUGGAGGGCUGCCUCCAGCAGGACCACAGAUCCAUGUUCUUGUUUGCCUUCAGAGAACCAGUAGAGCUUUGAUAGGAAAACUGGGAAAGAAGCAAGCUGCUGAAAGUAACAUUCCCCAUCCAACCCUGCUCAUAAGAGUUUGGUUCUUCCUCCCCUCUUGAACGAUGAUAUUCAGACUAGGAGUUGACAUUAUGGUAAAAA